AUGCAAAGCCAGGCUGAACUGAAGGAGCGACGCCAGCACCUGUCGCGGCUUCAGAUGCAGCAGCAGCAGCGCAAGGGGCAAGAGGGAGCGUCAAAGCACGGACCGGAGGAAGGGCAGAACGGCCGCCACGAGGGAGGAGAGGACGGAGCGGAGGGGAGGGACGCUCGGGAUGGAACGGAGACAGGACAUGAGGGCGAGUCUGGCGAUCAGGGGUUGGCGAAGGAUGGCGAAAAGCAGCAGCAGGAAAAGCAGGUUACUGGGAGUGCGCAAAGUCCUCUGGGGGGGAAUGCUGGCGCUCAGGGGGAGAAUGCGCGGGAAGGGGAGGGUGACGCGCAGGAGGGGGAAGGUGGAGCGGGUAACGAGAAGAUUGAAGGGGGGGACGGGGAGGAAGGGGCUUCUGGAGGUGAGGUGCCAGGGGGGGAUGGCGACGGCAUGCUGCUUGAUGCGGGUUCGCCUGCCCAGACGGAGGAAGGGGAGCAGCUCCCGCAGAAUGCAAGGACUGGAGGGUCUGGAGGAGGAGCAUCCAACGACCAGGAUGCUGCCGGCGCCGGUCAAUCAACGGCUCACGGUGCAGCUGAAGGUAGGGGUCCAGGCGCUGCUGCUGCUGCUGCUGGGGCUAUGGCUGCUGGUGUCCCUGGUGCUGAUGGUAUGGCUGGGGAAGGUACAACCGGGGAAGGUUUACCUGGCGCUGGUGCAGAGGCUAUGGUAACAGAUGAGGGGGUGGGAGAGCUCGCACAAGCAGCAGGGAUAGGCGGGGUAGGAGGGGUAGGAGGGCGAGGAGCAGCAGCAGGAGCAGUAGGAGUAGGAGUGGGGGCAGGAGGAGCAGGAGUAGGAGGAGUAGGAGGAGGGCUACAAGGUGGUGUGGGCGGGGAUAAUGGGGGCGAGCGCGAGGGGGAAGGGGCGUGCAGUGCAGGGGGAGAGGAUGCAGCAGCGGCAGCAGCGGCAGCGAUGGGUAUGCCGGUGGUGGUGGACGUGUCCCCAGAGGAUGGCGUGCUGCCUGCUGUGGGCGGGUCGGCCAACGUGGAUGGGUGUGUGCGCAAGCUCAUGGAAUUCAUGUAUCACCAGCGGCGCCGCCCUGCUGACAACAACGUGGAGUUCUGGCGGCAGUUUGUCGCACAGUACUUCGCCCCGAACGCCCGCAAGCGCUGGUGUGUUGCCUCCUACGGCAGGAGCGGCCGCCAGCCAGCCGGUGUCUUCCCUCAGGACAUUUGGCCCUGCGACCUCUGCGGAGCUAGUCCUGGCCGUGGCUUUGAGAUGACCAUGGAGGUGCUCCCCCGUCUGUUCAAGAUAAAGUACGACAGCGGGGUGCUGGAGGAGGUGCUGUAUGCGGACCUGCCGGCGGAGUACAUGCUGCCAGGUGGCGCCGUGGUAUUGGAGUACGACCACGCCAUCCAGGAGAGCCUCUUUGAGCAGCUGAGGGUGGUGCGCAAGGGCAAGCUCAAGAUUGUGUUCAACUCCGACCUCAAGAUCACCCUGUGGGAGUUCUGCACACAGAACCACGAGGAGCUCGUGCCGCGCCGCCUUGUGCUGCAGCAGGUGAGUCGACUGGCGGAUCUCGCCUUCAAGUUUCAGAACCACCUGCCCGGGUCCCUCACGCCCAACCAGCUCCACUCGCAUUGCGCCACCUUCGCCACCAUGUGUCGCGAGUUGACUCACAAGCUGGACGCGCCAACAGUCAACGACCUGGGCUUCACCAAGUGCUACGUGCGCUGCCUGCAGAUAUCAGAGGUGGUGAACAGCAUGAAGGACCUGGUGAACUACAGCCGAGAGCACAACAUCGGACCCAUCGAGAGCCUCAACUCCUUUCCGCGCCUGAAGCCCACGCCCCCCUCGCCAUGCGCCUCCGACCACUCGAUUCAGCAGCACGGCUUGCAGCAGCCGGGCUUGCUGCCUCUGCAGCAGAUGCGCAUGCAGGCACAGCAGCAGCAGCAGCAACAGGGGCAACAGGGGCAGGGGGGGCAGCAGGGAGGCGGGGAGCUCGGUCUGGUUACGGAGCAGGUGGUGGGACAGCAGGGGCAGCAGCAGCAACAGCAUUCUAUUGGGCAGCAGCAGCAGCAGCAGCAUUCCAUGGGGCAGCAGCAGGAGGAGGGAGGGAGCCCGCAGCAGCAGGGCAUGGGGCAGGCGAGGGAGGAGAUGCGAGCCGUCACACCCACCUCACAGCUCAUGGCCGAGGGUGGGGGGGGAGCAGGAGGAAUGGGGGGGAGGGCAGGGGGUAUGGGCGGAAUGGGAGGGGGUCAGCAGCACCAGGGGAUGCAGCAUGGGGGACAGGGGCAGGGGCAGGGGCAGGGUUUGCCGCCUCUGCCUCCCCCUCAGCAGAGAAACCUUCCCCCGAGGUCGCCCCUGCAACACCUGCAGCAGCAGCUACUGCAGCAGCAGCAACAACAGCAACAGCAACAGCAACAGCAACAGCAACAGCAACAGCAACAGCAACAGCAACAGCAGCAGCAACAGCAGCAGCAGCAGCAGCAGCAGCAGCAGCAGCAGCAGCAGCAGCAGCAGCAACAGCAGCAGCAGCAGCAGCAGGAGGUGCAGAUGCCGCCCAGAUCUCCGCCCUCAUGGGGUCCCUGGGGGCGGGCGGGGGCAUGGGGGGAGCAGCAGGGGGAGGGGCGGGGGGGAGGGGCAGGGCCUGGCGGUAUGGGCGGGAGGGGAAUGUCUAGAGCGGACAGCACAGGGGAGAGGGAGCCUGGGGGUAUGCACGCUGAUGGUGCUGCUGGGGGAGGGGCGGGAGGAGCAGCAGGGGUGGGAGGAAUGGGGGGAGUGGGAGGAGUGGGGGAGGGAGGGGGAGCAGGCGGAGCAGGUGGGGGAGGGGGAGGCGGGGGAGGAGGGGGAGGAGGGGGAGCAGCAGCAGCAGCUGGCAGCACAGCAGGCGCGCCUCUGGGUCCCCCAAGGCUCAGACACUCGUCCUCUGUCAACUCCCUGUCUGGCUCUGUGGGUGGGGCCAUGGGGGGCAUGGGGGGAGGGAUGGGCGCGGGCAUGGGCGGAAUGGGGGGCGCAGGGGGCGGAGGUGGGGGAGGGAGGGGGAUGGGGGGGUUCACCCGCGCUGGCAGCAUGGGGGGGAGCAUGGGGGGAAGUAUGGGCGGGCCUGGGGGGGGCAGGGUUAUGGGAUCAGCUGCUGCGGCUGCUGCUGCUGCUUCAGGGGGGUUUGGCAUGGGGAGGAAUCAGGAGCUUGAAGCAAUGGGAGGUGAUGCUGGUGGUGGUGGUGGGGGGAUGGAAGGCACAGCAGCAGCAGCAGCAGCAGCAGCAGGGCAGGGGGCUGUGGGCGAGUUUGCAGCUCUCAUGUCUCCUCCUGUGUCGCACCAGGAAGCUUCCUGGCAGCAGGCCGUUGCUGCCUCUGCAGCAGCAGGUGGAGGUGGGGACGGAGGCCCCGGCGGUGGGGGGAUGGGAGCAGGGGGGAGGACGAAUGGCGGGGUGAUGGCGAGAGCAGGGAGCUAUGGGGCAGGUGGGGCAGCAUCAGCAAUGAGUGGCGGGGGCGGUGGCGGUGGUGGUGCUGGUAUGGGUGGUGGAGGGGGAGCGGCAGGAGGAGCAGGAGGAGGAGGAGCAGGAGGAGGAGGGGGGAUGACUUUGAGUGGGCUCCAGAGCAUGUUGCAGCAGAGUGCUGGUGCUGGGGGCGUGGGUGGGGGUGGAGGCAUGGCGAAUAGAGUUGCCACGCUGAUGGCUCGACAGGCUCAGAUCAAAGCCCUUGCUAAUCUUCGCCAGCAGCAGUCGCAGCAACAACUGCAGCAGCAGCAACAGCAGCAGCAGCAACAGCAACAGCUGCAACACCAGCAGCAGCAGCUGCAACAGCUGCAGCAGCAGCAGCAGCAGCAGCAGUCAGUGUCACAAGGAAAUCUGAUGGAAAGAGCAGCGGCAGCAGCAGCCGCAGCAGCUGCCGCGCAGGGGGUUAGUGGCAACAGCGGCAGUGUGUGCGGCCUAGGGGGUCUGGGAGGGGUGGGUGGAGCAGGGGGAGGUGGGCCUGGGGGAGGUGUAUCUGCCAUGGGUCCUGCAGGCAGCAGAGUGGCUGCCAUGGCUGCUCGGCUCAGAAGCAUGGGGGUUACCAACCUGGCUGGGUUGGGAAUGGUGGGAAGCGGUGCUGGUCUUGGUGCUGGCGGCGCUGCUGGUGUGGGGGGCAUGGGGGGAGCAGGAGUGAUGGGCGGGGGGGAUAUGCUGCCUGACGGAUUGGGAGGAGCAGCAGGGGGUAUGGUUCGGGCUGCUGGUAACUUUGCUUGUCUGGCUUCUGCUGCAGGCUUGGCUGGACCUUCGGGCGGAGGCGUGGGAGGAGGUUUGGGAGGGAUGCGAGGGGCGGCGUUGGCUGAACGAUUGGCGAGCCUAGGAGCCAAUAUUGCCGACCUGGGGAGGUUUGAGAAUGUGAUGGAUGGCGGCGCUGGUGGUGGUGGUGGUGGUGGUGUUGCAGGUUUGAUGGAUUCAGGUGCGACUAUGCCUAAUUCUGCUCUCGUCGGUGGGGGCUUAGGGGCGGGUAUGGGUGACGCUGAUGCUGGUGGGUUUAGAGGUGGAUUGGGAGCAGCAGGUAUGGUUGGCGGGAAUGUAGGCUUGGUUGGAGGCUUGGGGUCGCUGGAUCGGCUUGCAGCGGCAGGUUUGGUUGGUGGAGGUUCGGGGGGUCUAGGUAUGGGAGCAGCAGGAGUGGGUGGUUCGGCUGCAGUGGCAGCAGGAGCACUGCAAGCAGGGCUGCAGAUGCAAGAGCAAGUGGGAAUGGGGCAUGACGGGAUGAUGGGGGGUGGAGGGGCCGGAGCGCUUCUCCUCCUCUCUUUCGUCCUGAUCUCGUCUCUCCACGCCGCGUUGGCCCUUCGCUUCUCCACGGGACUCCGCGUGGACAAGAUGGGCGGAAACUUGCGCGGAUGGUUGCACUGCGGACGUUCGACCUGUAAGAAGCACAGACACGGCGGCGGAAAGGGCGGAGACGGGAAGGGUGGAACUGGGGGCGCUGGCGGAGGGGUGGGUGGCGGUGGCGGAACGGGCGGUGGCAGAACGGGCGGUGGCAGAACGGGCGGUGGCGGAACGGGCGGUGUCGGAAUGGGCGGUGGCGGAACAGGCGGUGGCGGAACAGGCGGUGGCGGAAAAGGAGGCGGCGGAAGCAUGAUGGGCGGCGGCGAAAUAGGUGGCGGAGGAGAUGGAGGGGGAAUGGGCGGAUUUAUGCCGUUCGCUCCAGGAUCAGAAGCAGGCAUGGGAGAUAUGGAUGAUGGCAUGGGUGCCCCUGCUCCCGGAUCAGAAGCAGGCAUGGGAGACAUGGAUGAUGGCAUGGGUGCCCCUGCUCCCCGAUCAGAAGCAGGCAUGGGAGAUAUGGAUGAUGGCAUGGGUGCCCCUGCUCCCGGAUCAGAAGUAGGCAUGGGAGAUAUGGAUGAUGGCAUGGGUGCCCCUGCUCCCGGAUCAGAAGCAGGCAUGGGAGAUAUGGAUGAUGGCAUGGGUGCCCCUGCUCCCGGAUCAGAAGCAGGCAUGGGAGAUAUGGAUGAUGGCAUGGGUGCCCCUGCUCCCGGAUCAGAAGCAGGCAUGGGAGAUAUGGAUGAUGGCAUGGGUGCCCCUGCUCCCGGAUCAGAAGCAGGCAUGGGAGAUAUGGAUGAUGGCAUGGGUGCCCCUGCUCCCGGAUCAGAAGCAGGCAUGGGUCCUGGGGGGGGCAUGGACGGCGGCGGAACGGGCGGCGGAGGAACAGGCGGCGGAGGAAUGGGCGGUGGGGGAACGGGCGGCGGAGGAACGGGCGGCGGAGGAAUGGGCGGCGGAGGAACGGGCGGCGGAGGAACGGGCAGCGGAGGAACGGGCGGCGGUGGAACGGGCGGCGGUGGAACGGGCGGUGUAGGAACGGGCGGCGAUGGAUCGGGCAGCGGAGGAGCGGGCGGCGGUGGAAUGGGCGGCGGAGGAACGGGCGGUGGAGGAACGGGCGGCGGAGGAGCGGGCGGCGGUGGAACGGCCGGCGGAGGAACGGGAGGUGUAGGAACGGGCGGCGGUGGAUUGGGCGGCGGAGGAACGGUCGGCGGAGGAACGGGCGGUGGUGGAACGGCCGGCGGUGGAACAGGCAGCAGUGGAACGGGCGGCGGAGGAACGGGCGGCAGUGGAACGGGCGGCAGUGGAACGGGCAGUGGUGGAACGGGCAGUGGUGGAACGGGCGGCGGAGGAACGGGCGGCGGAGGAACGGGAGGUGUAGGAACGGGUGGCGGUGGAUUGGGCGGCGGAGGAACGGUCGGCGGAGGAACGGGCGGUGGUGGAACGGCCGGCGGUGGAACAGGCAGCAGUGGAACGGGCGGCGGAGGAACGGGCGGCAGUGGAACGGGCGGCAGUGGAACGGGCAGUGGUGGAACGGGCAGUGGUGGAACGGGCGGCGGAGGAACGGGCGGCGGAGGAACGGGCGGCGGUGGAACGGGCGGCGGUGGAACGGGCGGUGUAGGAACGGGCGGCGAUGGAUCGGGCGGCGGAGGAGCGGGCGGCGGUGGAAUAGGCGGCGGUGGAACGGGCGGCGGUGGAAUGGGCGGCGGAGGAACGGGCGGUGGAGGAACGGGCGGCGGAGGAGCGGGCGGCGGUGGAACGGCCGGCGGAGGAACGGGAGGUGUAGGAACGGGCGGCGGUGGAUUGGGCGGCGGAGGAACGGUCGGCGGAGGAACGGGCGGUGGUGGAACGGCCGGCGGUGGAACAGGCAGCAGUGGAACGGGCGGCGGAGGAAUGGGCGGCAGUGGAACGGGCGGCAGUGGAACGGGCAGUGGUGGAACGGGCAGUGGUGGAACGGGCGGCGGAGGAACGGGCGGCGGUGGAACGGGCGGCGGAGGUGGUAUGACAAGAGGUGGUAAGGGCGGAGCAGCGUCUCCAUGA